GCCCCGAACCCUAACCCUCCUCAGCGACAAGUCUCAUGUCUGCACAUUCACACUGCAAGUGUAGACAUGAGUCAGGCCCUUCUAUGUGCGCUGAUGGCUGCUUGGAGUCUUGGAAUCAGCAGCCAGACGGUGCACCAGCCGGAACGGGACGCCCACACCGUGGAGGGUGCAGCAAUGAAGCUGGACUGCAGCUAUGACGGAGCGGGGAACUUAGACUACAUCUUAUGGUACAAACAAGAAGCCAACUCAUCGCCCGAGUUCAUCCUGAGCCGCUUUAAGAUUGGUCAGGGCAAGAAGGCGAAAAAGUACAUUGACAGGUUUCGCUCCACCAUGAACGCCAGCACUCGGCAAGCUCCUCUUCAGAGCUUCAGUUCAGAAGGAGAAGCAGAGUUUGACAGAAAUUUCUUCAGUAUGUUGCUGUCAGCGUGGUUGCUGCUCAUCAUCACGGUGGCAGGCACCAGCAGCGAGCUGGUGGCGGUCACAACUGAAAUGCUGGCAUCAACAGGCAGUCGGGCGACACUGUCAUACGUUUAUGCCAAAAAGUCAAUGGGUAGUCAUUAUAUAUUCUGGUACAAACAACUUCCUGGACAAGCUCCACACUUCCUUUCCUACUCAGGAAAUGGCAAACCAUUAAAUGGCAGCACCAGAAUGUCGGUCAGCAUGACAAGUGACAGGGAGCGAGUGCUCCUGCACAUCGAGGAUGUGUCGCUUCAGCACUCUGCAGUUUACGACUGUGCUGUGACACCCACAGGAGCAUACACUCCACAUUCUCGUUACAAGAAUAUUUCCUGCUCCUGAACUCAUCACACUCGCCUCUUAUAGAGGAACGGCUGACCUAGAUUUCCAAACUCGAAUUCUAAUGUUUGGAUGUCGUGCUGCGAAACGUAAAUAAAAUUAAAAUACUUUUUUUCCACCCCAGUGGGCUGUCGUCUGAGGAGUCCACAUUUCAAAUAGUUUUUGGUCAUCAUGGUUUUUGAAGGGCA